UCAAGGAAACGUGAAUUAUGCAUUGAUUUCGUUACAUUAAAUUUGCCCAACUUUGCUACUUGACGUAUCUUUUCAAGGACUUAGAUUCACAAAUAUUUGACCAAAUAAUAAGCCUUAUCUAAGAAUAAUUGAAUAAAAGAAAUUCGUCACGAAUUCGUCAUUAUAAGAUCAGUUCCGGAAUCAGAUCGUCAGUGAUUGAAACGUCUUUCUUUUAAUCUGUUGCAUUUGAAUAUGGAGUCACGAUUUUGGUUCGUUUCUUUGAGUGUAUUGUGUUUGCUUCUCAUAGGACAAACUCAGGCCAAUAACUGUCAAGAUUUCACCAUCAAUAACUGUAAUUUGGAGGGCAGUGAUGUUGUCAUAAAAGAUGUCAGCGAGGCCCGAUGUCAAAGUUACUGCAAUUCUUAUUUUGACACGAUUUGCUCCUAUUUCAUUUAUGAUCGGUUUCUGAAACUUUGUCAACUUUAUGACAAUGAAAUCACUUCAGAAUUCUUGGCUUCUUGUCAAAAGAUUGGUGGCCCCAAAGACCCGCUCAUUUCAAGUUGCAUUAACUCUCAAGACGUUUGUCGAGGUUUCUAUGAAGGGUAUUGCGACUACCAAGGAUCUUAUAUCAAUGAGUUCCUUGGGAUCUAUAAUGUCGGUGAUUGUCAGAACGAGUGUUCCAAUGAUGGGUCUUGCCGAUACUUUGUUCAUGAUGCACAAAUUGGUAGUUGCAAGAUCUACCGGGACGAUCUUCGCGAUUGUAAUGUUCUCCUAGGAUCAGCUCAACCUAGUAUUGAUCAAUGUAUUGGGGAUGGAGGCUCAUCCACGAGUACCACAACAACUACCACUACCACCACCCCCACCACAACAACAACGACAACAACGACAACAACCCCUACAACUACCACAACCAGUGCCAUGGGAGGAUCACUCACGUUGCACCUUCGAGUGACUGAUGCCUUGACCAACCAGCCUUUAUAUGGGGUGACCAUCGUUUGUGACACGUUGGAAAGACAAAGUCAAGAUGUGACAGAUGCCAAUGGAGAAGCUGAUUGCGCAUCUCUGCGCCAAGGGGAUUAUGUCAGGGUGGAAGCCUCUUUGGAUGGCUUUGACAAUGCCCUUCUUGCUUACAUGAUGAAAUCAGAAACGAUCCAGAAUCAAUAUCUGGGGUUAUCUCCCGAAAUGAACCCAUCAGACGAUAUUCGGUUGGUAUUGAAUUGGCAAGAUGAAUCCACGGAUUUGGACAUACAUGCCAUAGAAGUGGACAGUCGUGGCCCAACCGUCAUCUGUGAAGUUUCUUAUCUGGAAAAACAAUGUAAUUUUGCGGAACUUAAUACCUACAAUAAUGAAGGGGCCUCCAAGGGAAGUGAAACCAUCACCAUCAAGAGACAAGGUUCUUACUUGUACACCAUUUUUGUCCAAUUAUAUGAGAAUGGAAAUGGGGCAUCUUUCAUCAAGUCUGGCGGAUCAGUUUCCGUUUUCAGGAACGGACAAUCUGAUUUCCGCGUUGAGGUUCCAGAGGACACUGUGGAAACCGAUCAUUAUUGGAUCAUUGGAUGUUACGAUGCUGGAACCAAAGAGUUCCGUCAAUUUGACUACACGGUCGAUCUCAAGCCAGAUUAUCCUACAUUUUGCACUUAAAACGAAGUUAUUUAUUUCUCAACAUUAAUUGUGGAAUAAUAGCCAUAUCUUCUGAGAUAGGUUGAUAUACUACAAGCAUCAAUUAAACUAUCAUUGCAACAAAUCAA